UAAUAUAUAUUUGAACUUAGAUAUUUUUUGUGGUCCAUCUUGGCUGUUGUAGGUUGGACAAGAUGUAGUUGGAGAAUUGACUAAAGCAAUGGAAAGAGCUGGUCUUGAUAUGCGUGUUGCAGCUUUGGUCAAUGAUACUAUUGGAACAUUAGCUGGGGGUAGAUACUCAAAUCAGGAUGUGGUUUCUGCCGUAAUCUUGGGCACUGGAACUAAUGCAGCAUAUGUAGAACGAGCACAUGCUAUUCCUAAGUGGCAUGGUCUUCUACCUAAAUCAGGGGAAAUGGUUAUCAACAUGGAGUGGGGUAACUUCCGGUCAUCGCACCUUCCGCUAACAGAAUAUGAUCAAGCAUUGGAUGUCGAAAGCUUGAACCCUGGAGAACAGAUUUUUGAAAAAGUGAUCUCUGGUAUGUAUUUGGGAGAAAUUGUGCGCAGAGUUUUGUGCCAGAUGGCUGAAGAAGCUGCUUUUUUUGGUGAUACUGUUCCACCAAAACUGAAAAUUCCAUUCAUAUUGAGGACUCCAGACAUGUCUGCAAUGCAUCAUGAUACAUCUUCAGAUUUGAGAGUGGUUGGGAAAAAAUUAAAGGAUAUAUUAGAGAUACCCAAUACCUCCCUGAAAAUGAGAAAAGUUAUUGUGAGCCUCUGUGACAUUGUUGCAACUCGGGGUGCCCGUUUAUCUGCCGCAGGCAUUGUCGGUAUCCUGAAGAAAUUAGGCAGAGACACAGUGAAAGAUGGGGAAAAGCAGAAGUCAGUAAUAGCUUUAGAUGGCGGGUUGUAUGAGCACUACAUGAAAUUCAGUGCUUGCAUGAAGAGCACGGUCAAGGAGAUGCUGGGAGAGGAAGUCUCUGAGAACAUCACAAUUGAGCUCUCAAAUGACGGUUCUGGCAUCGGAGCUGCACUCCUUGCAGCCUCUCACUCCCAAUACCUUGGUGUUGAUGAGUCAUUUUCAACAAUUUAACUUCGUACAUUUGCAGUUUAUUUUAUCUCUCUGCGCUUUAUUUUGAGCUUUUUUACACCCAUCACGCUAGACACCCUAAUUUAUGGUCAUAUGGCGUGUAUAAUGAGUAAUGGAUCGAAUGUGCAAUCAGGGUACCCAUUCGUUGGCUGCUAGCUUCAGGCUGUGGCCUGUCAUUCUGCUUUUAUUCACCCCCCCUCCUUUUUUUUUUUUCUCUCUCCUCCAAAGGCUGGGAACUAUGUUGGUACACAAGUGUAUAAGAUGAUUUCUCCCCAAUUAAAGAAUAAAAUGGGAGAUGUAAACUCUUCUUUUUGAGUUGUUACUUUUGGCGGAACAUUCUCUCUUUGAACAGGAUUCUUUUGGCAGUUGCAGCUUGUUUUUUACUUUUGUGCAAUCUAAAGAACUGAUUUUUUUUC